AUGGCGUCGAGUUCGGACGAAGGCGAGAUCGUCGAGAACGCCGCUAAAGAUUUGAAGGCAACUUCACUGCAGCAUACUGGAGGAAGCAGUGUUGACCGUCAAGACAGAAACAAAAGUAGACUUUCGACUCCGGAUCACGAUUCGGCUUCUAGAUACAGCAACGGGUCACGACGAAGCAUUUCACCCCGUGGCUACAAGCGAUCGCACGACGAAAGAGACAGGAAUAGGGACAGAGAUCACUACAACUCCAGACCUCGCGAUCAGGCCUAUCGCCGGAACUACGAGGAUUCGCGACGUGACGACCAUCGAAAGCCGCGAGGACAAUACGAUGACCUAGAUCGACCUGCAUCACGAACAUCAAAUUUCAGCUACGGGGGCCGCGAUCGGAGCCGUGACCGAGACAACUACCGCGAGGGGGACCGAGAUCGGUAUUCUAACAAACGACCUCGAAACAGGAGUCGCUCUCCUCAAAGAUCUCGACCUUCGGAUAGAGGCAGGUUUGAUCGCUUUGUCAGAGAAGGCCAAUACGAUCGUCGCGACGAUGGGCCGAAGGAACUUAAGUAUGAAGACAGUUCGAGAAAUGGCGGGUCUAUGUCCAAGAGGACGACAGUAGGAGAGGCUUCACGCGCCCAAGAACAUCAUGCUAAACCUGAACAAGGCCUUACAAAUGGACAUGGUACUUCCAAGGCUUCUCAGCAGGAGCCAGCAGCUCAGAAGGAACCGGAACGAAAACCGGAGCCAGAGCCAGAGCCAGAGCCCGACUACGAAGAGCCUGAGCCUUUUGACGAAGAAGCUGAAAUCGAGCGACGCCGCAAGCGACGUGAGGAGAUUCUGGCUAAGCACAGUUCUGCGACUCCUCUCCUUCUCCAUGCUGUAGGUGCGGCUGCGAGUAAAGCUCACGGAGCUUCUCCUGCGUCCACCGCGCCCGACACGCCCAUGAGAGCACAUUCCGAUAUUGAAAGCCCCCGCACUCCCCGAUCAGGUAUGUCAACAGCAUCUGGUGGAAGGAUCUUAUUGACCAGAGGUGCAGAUAUCGCAUCACCACGCUCUCCUGGAUCACAUACCGAAAUGUCUCCGGGAGGCAUCAACUUCCUCGAUGACAGAGCCCUGAUGAACAACCACGGCAAGGCUCAGCCAGACGAGGAGGAUGGCCCCUCAGCCGCUGACUACGAUCCUACUGGAGACAUGCAGGAGGAUGAACGACGACAUGAGCUCCGGCACGGGAACGUCGUACUUCAUGGUGAGCAGCAUCCCAUUGCAACGGAACAACAGCCACAGGAAGAUGUUCAGAAAGAGUCUACCGAAAAGACCGGCGGUGAUGAUGACGAUGAUGACUUCGAUAUGUUUGCGGAAGACUUUGACGAGGAAAAGUAUGCCACAAAACCUGUCGAGCCGGUCGCGCCUAUCGAGGGUGACGGCAAGGCCCCUGAUGUCCCAGCUAUCAAGGGGGGUAUUCUUGAAGGUGACGACAAAGAUGGAUACUACAAGAUUCGCAUUGGUGAAGUCUUGAAUGGUCGGUAUCAGAUCCAGGCAGCACUGGGAAGGGGUAUGUUUUCAGGGGUAGCUCGUGCCGUCGACAUCACCACGAAGGAGCUCGUCGCUAUCAAGAUGAUGCGAAACAAUGACGCCCUCCGAAAGGGAGGAUACACAGAGAUCGCUAUUCUGGAGAAGCUCAACGAGGCCGACCCUGAGGGUCGCAAGCACAUCAUCAAGUUUAUCCGCCAGUUCGACUACAAGGGUCAUCUGUGCAUGGUGUUCGAGAACCUGAGCAUGAACUUGCGAGAGGUUCUGCGAAAGUUUGGUAACAAUGUGGGUAUCAAUCUUGGAGCUACGCGAGCAUACGCAUACCAGAUCUUUGUCGCUCUCGCGCACAUGCGAAAGUGCAGUAUCAUUCAUGCUGAUCUCAAACCGGACAACAUCUUGGUAAACGAGAGUCACAACGUGCUAAAGAUCUGUGAUUUGGGUACGGCUAUCGACAAGACGGAUGCGGCGACAGCGCACAUGGAUGUCACUCCAUACCUCGUCAGUCGAUUCUACCGAGCACCGGAGAUUAUUUUGGGCAUUCCUUACGAUUAUGCCGUCGACAUGUGGUCUAUCGGCUGCACGUUGUAUGAGAUGUACACCGGCAAAAUCCUCUUUGCUGGAGACAGCAACAACCAGAUGCUCAAGGCAAUUAUGGAGAUCAGAGGAAGGUUGACGCCGAAGUUGUUCAAGCGUGGUCAACUAUCGCCGGCUCAUUUUGACGACAAGGGACAAUUCGUCAGCAUCGAACGAGACAAGGUUCUAGGCAAGGCAUGUUUGAUCUCAGCCGCCCUUGCGGGGUUCUCGAACAUACUCAGCAAGGGAUAG